AUCCUUAAACACGUGACCGCCUCUCACUUCGCCUAAACUACCCCUGCCUUGCCUUGCGUGGGUUUUUAGCCGCCACUUUUAAUUGGGCUCGGCGGUUUCUUAACUGGCAAAGUUGCCAAUGAUGGACUCUAAGAAAGAAAGGGAGCAAGAAGCAGACCAUGAGAAGGUAACUGCUGUGCUGCUCAAGUCACGUACAGGAGAAUUUGAUUUGGAGUCAAUAUUAUUUCUCAAACUGAGAAAUCUUGGUAUAUGUGACCUUGGAUGUAUUGGAGAGUGUAUUAAUUUGGAAAGACUGGACCUAUCUGGAAACGGUAUCACAAAUCUAGCCCCUCUAGCAUCUCUUCGGCUUCUUGCUGUCCUCAGUUUGUCUGCUAACAGGAUCGCCAAUUUAGAACCUUUGCGAAGCUGUGAAAGUUUACAGAACUUAAAUGUUGCCGGUAAUAUCAUACCUAGUAUUGAAAACCUACACUGCCUUGUUUCUUUGAGAAAGCUAGAAAAUGUACGCCUGAAAGACAAUACGCACAAUUAUACAAACCCAGUGUGCAGGAACCUGUCAUAUAGAUGUGCAGUGCUUGAGAUGUUCCCCAACAUCAAGGUUCUGGAUGGUGAAAGAGUUGUCGGACGGGGAAGUGACUUGUACCAAUUAUGCAAAGACAUUGAUGAUACUAUUAAAGCAGGUUCAUACAAGAAUGGACAGCUUAUUGAAAGAAUUGAUUGCAAGCCAUGGGUGGAAGAUACUUAUUGGGAGAUAAAAAGAUCAAACAAUGCCAUAAUUGAUGAAGCGUAUAAACAGUUUAAUGAUGUUCUCCAUGAAUGCAGACUCCUCAACAACAGAGCCACUCAUGUGAUUUCACAAACUGAAAGAUCCAUGAGUUUGAAGAAACAGCCAAAGCAAUAUGCCAUCUGAGUUGGGCUAUUAUCGACGCAUUUGUGUGCAAUCUCUAUCAACUUUUUGUUGUCCAGUGUACUAUGGCUAAUAUACUGGAGCUUUUUGCAAAUAACCAUACUAUAUCCAAAUGCUUGAUAACUGUCAUGGCUGGACACACAUGCUCUGUUUUGCAGUGUGUGGCUUUUGCUUUAACUGUAUGCAUCCUAUGCAUUAGUUAUUAGAAGAAAUGUGAAAACCUUUACCCAUACUGAUGCUCCUCAGUUUGGUUCUAAGAUGUCUUAACUUGCACCGUGUGCAUUUUGUACUACGCUAUAGCCCGCACUUAUGAUGAGAGCUAUGCUGCUUCUAACAAUUUCUAGAUUUGUUUACCAGGAGCUUUUUUUUCCCUGUUUAGUUUCACUGAUUAGUUUGGGGAAAUGAGUCUCCUGCGGUUCGCUUUCUUUGUAAGUUGCGUUUUUGAAAAUGUGAUUGAAUGAUUUGUUUUCCAGGUGUUUCUACUUGUUUUAUACCAUAAUGUCCAUAGUGUGUACAACCAACUUGUGAAAAAUAGAGUUUAUAAAUCUAUAAAA